UGGUCUUUUGCUGAGAAGCAAAUUGAAAACGAAAAAUUAGAAAACCAUCAGAAUGGACCAACUGGUAGAAAGCUUUCCCAUUUCUUCCCGUCUUCUAAGUAAGUGUGGAAACGUGUCAUCUCAUGCGCUGUCCUUAGUUUCUAAGUAUGGGGAAACUGCUAAAAUUGCAGUACCCUUGGUCAUCCUUGGUUGCUUUUGUUGUGUGUGGAUUUGUGUGAAGCUUUUUAAGUCAAGGAGAAAGCCUCAGACUCUUGAUAGAAGGUCCAAGACCUUUAGAGAGCUAUAUGGUGGUGAUCUAGCAUUGAAGAGAUUGUUUGACUAUCACGAAGCUGAGCCAAGCCCAGACACAUUUCAUAGAACAGAUUCUAUAAUGAAGGAUUUGCUUGAUGAUGAGCAUAUUGAUUUGAAGAAGCUGCAGAGUACUGUGGGGAAGGUGGAAAGAAGUGGAACAGAAGCUUCAGCAGUGGAGCAACUCAAAAAGGCUGAAAAAGCCCAUUCUGGGAAUCCCCAUGAAGCCUACGAGAUUGGCAUGCUUCUUGUUGAAUUGCUGAUUUAUGAGGGGAAAUAUAAAGAAGCCCUGAAACGCGAUUGCUUGAAGCAUGAAGAAAUUUCAGAUGCUCGUCGUCCACUGUACAAAGCCAUUAUAUACAUAAUGCUGGGAGACGACAAAAAAGCAGAAGAAUGUUGGGAACAGUUCGAUGAAAUCCGAGAACUAUUCCAUCUAAGAAAGCCCUCAUCAUCAUCUUCUUUGGGUGAGGCGAUUGACACCAUUACCGAUUUCCAGACGUUCAGGAACAAAGUGAUGAAACUUAAAACUGGAAUUGAAGAGAUUUCUGCGAAAAAGAGUUCCCGUAAAUGAGAUGCAUGAAUAUGAUCUGAGUUUUAUUUUAUUUUAUUUUUUUCUCUGUGUGGGAGAAAAAAUGGUGUGUGAAGAAGAAGACGGUAUCCCCUGUUCCUUCAGCGCUUGUAGUAACGCGCCUUCUAAAGAGGAACGUCGUGUCUGUGUAUAACAACGGAGGAGACAAGUUGGUUUCAUGUUUUUGGUCCCUCCCAUCUUUUUUCUGUCUUCAGAAGCUAUAUCCCAGUCAUCUAUUUGUACGGAUUGAGCCAA